CCCAAUCCUCUUUCUUCUUCAACUACACUUACUUACCGUUGGAUCUCUCCGACUUAAGUAACAAAUAAAACCCUAAAUUCUUCUUCCCGAUCUAAACCCAUUUCUUGAAUUUCUCAUCUGAAUCACAAAGUCUCGAUCUUGAAACUCAACAACAAUGGCGGCUUUAGCCCCCGGAAUCCUUCAAAAGCUAAUCGACGGUAUGAAAACCGGAGUUAAACCGACCGGAGAACACAGAAGCUCGUUAUUACAAGUCACAGAUAUCGUCCCUAUUGAUCUUGACGAGAAGAAUCUUUUACCGAAACAAGGCUUCUUCAUAAAAGUCUCUGAUUCUUCUCAUUCAAUCUACGUUAGCCUUCCUUCAGAUCAAGACGACGACGUUUUAAGCAACAAGAUGCAGUUAGGUCAGUUUAUCUACGUUGAUCGGCUUGAUCCAGGGACACCUGUUCCGAUCAUCAAAGGUGCUAGACCGAUUCCCGGACGACAUCCUUUACUUGGAACUCCUGAGCCAUUGAUGAGUACAAGAGGAAAGAUUGAGAGUUCGAGACCUAGAAGAGGUUCUUGGGGUCAAAACGGUGACGUUUCGUCUCCGUUUGUGUUAAAGCCUGCACCUUUGGAUUUUGAUCAGUGUACGCCGGCGAAACAUAGGCUUGGUACGGGGAGAUUUAUGGCGGCGUCUCCGAAUGUUAUGACUAGAGGGAGGUCACCUGGUGGUGUUAGAUGUUCUUAUGGUGGAGGGCUUUUGUCGAAAAUGGCGGAGAGUCCUGCUGCAAUGAUGAGGAAGAGCUGUGUUGUUCCGCCGAGUUCGAAGUUUCCGAGAAGUAAAAGUGUUUGCGAUAGAGAGACAAUGGCAAAGAACUCUGUUCUUUUUAGUCCUUUUAAAUCCUCUGCAAAGAAAAACGAUUCACCGCCUCCGAGUGUACGUACUAGAAGAGCAACAGCAGCUUCCUUGUUGGAAGAUGAAAGAGAGGCUCCAAAGUCUACUUCAAAGUAUAGUAAGCUGGAAAAACCUGAGAAGAGUUUGAGUCUACCAGGAAGACUUAGCACACUGAGCAAGGAAGCUAUGCAACAGCGAGAGACGGCUCAAAAGAUAGCUCUUCAGGCAUUGAGAGAAGCUACAACAACAGAAACAGUAGUUCGUCAUCUCAAGACAUUUGCAAAUCUGAGCAAAUCAGCAAAAGCUGAUUGUCCAGCUGCUUGCUUCGACAAGUUCUUGGAGUUUCACAGCCAGAUAUCUGAAACCAUGAACGAAAUUGCUUCUAUCGAAGCAGCUGCUUCACCUGCUACUACUGAGAAAAAAUCUGAGGAUGGAUCAUUAAUACUACACGAAAUCCAGCAUAACUCUAUUGAUCAGGAGAAAACAACAUCAAAGAGAAGAAUUCUCCUGAAGCAGCAGCAAAAGAGAUCAAACGAUGAGAACAAGAACCCCGCAGUUUCUCUUUCCGGAUUAGGAAACACGGCGAGGUUGGUUAAAGAGAUAGAGAAAGAAGCUGCAAAUUGGUUCAUGGAGUUUAUAGAAAAGGCUCUGGAGAAAGGGAUGAAGAAAUGUAAAGGCACAAGUGAUGCAGAUGUUAAGAAGGUUCCACAGUCUCUGAUUCUCAAAGUUGUAAACUGGGUGGAAGAAGAACAUUCUGCUGAUAACACGAAACGACCAGUUCAUCCAAAAGCAUCACAUAUCACUAGAAAGCUCAGAAUCAAGUUGAAGAAUCCUUAGACCAUAAGCGCGAUUUUGAGAUGUUAAGUUGUUCCUUCUACGUCUACUGUGAAAAGGCUUUCAGUUUCCACUGCUUAUAGAGAGAUUUAUUCAUGGAUUCUAUUGUUAUUAGUCAAGUUCAUGUACACAUCAAUGAAACUAAUAAGAGUUUGUGUUUAUUAA